AUGCCCUGGCUGCACCGUGCUGCACCCAUGCUGGUGACUGGAGACGUCCUACGAUGCUCAGAGGAUGACGCAUUAAAUGAGUUGCAGUCUCAACAGGUCUACUGUGAGGAGAUGAACGAAACGGCUCACUUCAUCGAGUCUAUGCUGUCAGAUAUGAAAGUCCGAGCCCUUGUCAUUACGACCUUGGACACAGCUGCUUCCCUGCACUCGCUGUUGUCUUCAAUCCAAAGCGAAGAUGCGGCGGCCAUAAACUCACCAAACAUCGUUUUCGAUUGUGGAAAGUCCGCUCUCCCCGGCAAGUCGUCCAGCGCAUGCAUUACAGCAGCUACGGCUAUGUGUCCCACAGCCGUGGCGGACCUGGUUUCGGAUUCCAGCUGUAGUGGUGAUGGUGGAUUACCCCCCGAUGAUGAGAUCAGUGAGGGAAUCGGAAGUGAUAUCCAGCUAAGCGUCGCAGCGAUACCUGCCCUGCAAGUAGCCACCAGCUGCGAGCUCACGUGCCUGGGUUCCCCGGGGGCUCUGGGCGGCAUAUGGCUCGCGGACUGGCGCGGCAUGCGUGUUGCCGUCAAACUGACACGCUGCGACAGCGAGGGGUGCAGUACGAAGGGCGGCAGCGACAAGCUGCUGCGCACCCUGGUGCGGGCCAGUCGCCUGCAGCAUCCCAACCUGAUCAACGUGUAUGACUUGCGUGUAGCGACAGUCGACGAAGAGGCCCUUUCAGAGCUGGACCCGCCGCCCGUGUUGCGUCCUGGCUGGACAGGGAGCUGCCGACCCACGGGUCGCCUCCAUCGCUUCCUCGCGGCGCAUCCUGAGCUACCCCGGCCAGAGCCUGACUACCGUCGAGAUGCUCCACUGACGCUGUACCCGGGGGAUAUCAUCGCUCGGCGGCCAAAGCUGACUCAGGUGCAGCAGGCGCUGAUGGCGGGUAGUCUGCAGUCCUUGGCGUGCAGCGAUCGGUCCCCUUUCCGCGCCAGCCGCUUCUGGGUCGCCCGCGUGGCGCGGCGCGCACUGCUUCGCACAGCCCGAGAGAUCGCUGCCGGCAUGCGCGCCCUCCACGCCGCCGGCAUCACUCACGCAGCAGAUCGCCGCGGCUUCAUGGCGCGAAUAACGGAUGUGGGAUCCAUGAGCCUGUCGUACGCCGCCUCCAACCCACUGGCGUUUGGUCCCUGCAUGGUGCUGCUGCCGCCUGAGGUUCUGGGGGACAACACGGUCGCGGUGGACAACGCUGCGGUAGACGUGUACGCGUUUGGCAUGCUGCUGUACGUCAUGGCUGCUGGGGAGAUGCCAUUUCACGGCCGGCCCCUAGUGCAAGCUUUAAUGGCUGUGGUGUCCGAGGGCCUGCGGCCGGAGUGGCCCAUGUGCGAGCAUGCCCCCCUGAAGCCCCUCUUCCUGCGCUGUGUGGCUCAGCGGCCGGACGAGCGCCCCAGCUUUAAGCAGGAGCACCGCGACACGGCGCGCCUCGUCAAUUGCCGCUGGCAGGCGGCUGAAUUCCGGGCCAUGCUCUGGCUACGCUGUCUGGCUGCCUACGUCAACGCUCCUGCGCCACUGCAAGGGCUGCAGAGUAACCACCAGCCCGACUCGACCAUGAUAUUCGUUUACAGGAAAGCGUUUUUGCGUCGCGGUGGAUGUGAGACCUGA